AAAUAGCGAAGUAACGGUCCCAGGCCUCGUUGUAACCACGUACAAAGAGAAAACCAGGGACAACCAGCCCCAUGUUUUCCUUAGAAAACGACUGCUGUCACCUGUCAGCCCCCUCUCCUUCCUCUUUCUUCUCCCUCGCACAAACCUCGCUGCUGCUUCAGCGAACGCAAACACCAUUUUGAAAAAAAUGACUACCUCAAAACGCAUUGCGGAAAGGAAGGUUGCAAAGUUUCAGAGAAACAUCACAAAGAAGGGAUCCGUGGAAAGCUCAACAAAGAAAGGAUACGGGUACCCUGUUGGCCCAAUUCUUCUGGGCUUCUUUGUCUUUGUGGUUGUUGGAUCAUCUCUUUUUCAGAUAAUUAGGACAGCGACUAGCAAAGGCAUGGCUUGAGGAGCUGGGAAAGAAUAAGACGGAGGUCCGUAAAUCAUGUAAUGACUUGUCUUAAUUGGCAAAAUACCAUUGUUGUACAACUGAUGUUAUACAUCUUGUUUGAUUUAAUAAAUUCUGGCCUCCAC